AUCACACAAGUAAGGCCUUGGAGGGCGGGAAAGAUAAGUGCUGGAGGUGUUUGAGUAACCGGCAUGCAGAAGAGGACUGUUAUUUUCGCCGAAAGAAAUGCUUUCAAUGUUUUCGUUAUGGACACACCAGUGCAGCCCACCGAGCUGGCACGGUGAACAGUGUGGGGAUGUUACCCGAGUCUGAGUCACAGGAGGGUGCCGAGGGUGGACUGGAGAUGGAAGUAGAGACUGGUGAGGUUGACGCUCUGGUUAGCGAUCUGUUCACAUGUGCAGAGGAGCGGCCGAGUCCGGUGAAGCCUCCAAUCAAGGUCGACGUCAGCAUCAACGGUCAGUCGGUGCAGAUGGAGCUGGACACCGGCGCCGCCGUCUCCGUCUGCACGUACCGCCGCUUCAAGGAGCUCUGGCCGGACGGAGACAGGUUGCUGCAGCCGAGCAGCCGUCUGCUUCGCACGUUCUCCGGUGAGAAGCUCUCAGUCCGAGGUGAGGCGUGGGUGAACGUGCUGUAUCAGGGUGUCAGUCAUCGAUUGCCAUUGACUGUGGUGGAGAGUAACGGUCCGAUGUUACUAGGCCGUAACUGGUUGGGAGAGAUCAAGUUGGACUGGCACAAUAUUUUUGCGAUGACUCUGAGUCCAGCCAUGGGAACACUGCUCGAAAAAUACUCCGAGCUAUUCAAGGACGAUCUGGGCUGUGCGAGGGAUGUAGAGCUCAACAUUCCAGUGGAUCCAGCCGUGAAGCCCAUCUUCUACAAGCCUCGGACGGUGCCACUCGCCUACCGGGAGAAGGUGGACGCCGAGUUGGAGCGGCAGAUCAAGGAAGGUUUGUUGGUGCCGGUCAAGUGGAACGACUGGGCGACGCCCAUCGUGACCUGCCAGAAGGCCUCAGGUGAGAUCAGAAUCGCAGCAGACUAUCGUCUCACAGUAAACAAGGUCACGCCGUUAGAAAAGUAUCCUCUGCCAAAAGUAGACGAGAUGUUCAGUAAACUGCAAGGUGCGACAGUGUACAGUCAGAUAGAUUUGAAAAAUGCGUACAACCAUCUGCCAUUAGAGGAGAAGAGUCGCAAAUAUUUGGCCAUAAACACACACAAGGGCUUGUUGGUGCCAACCAGACUGGGAUACGGGUACGCGAGUGCUCCGGCCAUCUUUCAACGUUAUAUGGAAACUCUCUUGGCUGGAAUACCAGGGGUGGGAGUGUUCCUGGAUGAUGUCAUGAUCGCUGGAAAAACCCCACAGGACCACCAGAACUCGCUGGAGAUGGUGCUACAGCGGCUGGUGGCGGCCAACCUGCGCCUGCAAAAGAAGAAGUGCAAGUUUGGAGUGUCAUCUAUCACCUACCUGGGACACCGCAUCAGCGCGGACGGCGUGAGUCCGACCGACGACAAGCUGCUGGAGACUUGCCAGAGCCCGGCGAGACUCUGCACCUGGUGGAGAUGAUGGACGCUUCGCCAGUGACCGCCGCUGUGGUUCGACUGGCGACUGAACGUGACGCCACCCUCAGCAGAGUGCUGCAGUACACCCGAGACGGCUGGCCUGAGGACAGGAGCGGCGAGUCACCGGAGUUAAGUGCAUAUCGCACGAAGCAAGGUGUCGGGACUGGCCGGCGUCGGCAGGACAACACGCUGGCUACCCGGACACUGCAUCAACAUCUCGGGACUCAAGCUCACGGUCCGGCUGGACGACGGACGAGUCCUCCAGCGCCAUCUGGACCAGGUGGUCCCGAGAGCGGUCGCCGGGAACCAGGCCGUCCGACAGCCGACGGACUGGACGGCGGCGCCGCGGCCUCCUCAAACGCCGCCGACGUCGCUGCCGACAACUCCAACGUCGCAGGCGACGCCUUCACCGCCGACGCCCUCACCGCCGACGCCUUCACCGCCGACUCCCACGCCGCUUCCGCCACCGCCAGCGGAAUGUCCGGAACGGGAGAGGCCUUCGUCUCCCUCCCCAGUGGGGCGGCCGGCUCGUGGGUUGGAGGGACGGGGUGAGCUCAACUCGCGAUUGAAGUGUGACGUCCAAUUGUCGCGAGGCGAGAGUGUUGAGUGUCGCGAGCCUGUGUCAGCGCCGCAGGUACCG